AUGCCCAAAACACGUUUCGCGCACAUGCCGCCCGCCUACCUGGUGUUCUUGAAAUGGGCACCGACUUUAGAACAGCGUCAGGCGCGGCUCGAGGAGUGGAAGCUGCAGCAGCAGCGGCGCCGCCAAGAACGGUACGCGGAGUGGCGCGAAUGGCGGCGGCAAAAGCGGGGAGGGGGAGGUCGAGACGAAGAAAGGGGGAAAGGAAGCGAGGGAUCCGUAGAGGAAUCGGAAAAGGGGGGACAGGACGGUAACACGGGGGGGAAUUCGAGAGGAGAUGGCUCGAGCGGGGGAGGGCAAGAUAAAGGGGAUGGAAGUUUGGGAAUAGGGGGGAGCGGAGCAGAUCGGGGAAAGCAUGGGGGAGAGGAGGAUGUGGGGGAAGGGGAAGGGGGGGGAGGGGAAGGAGAAGUGGGAGCAUAG